AAUGUGACAGUACCCUUUGUUUUCUGCCAGGACAAUAUAGCAAACUGUCAUAAAUACCGGGAUAUUUACGAGAUAUUUUCAAGCUGUGCGCUUUCGUCCAUGUUCGGUGGCACUAACAGAUAUACAUUCCAACAAUUGUCACACAUCAACCAAAAGGAUAUUCUGAAUAAACAAGAUUUAUUACAAGUAGUAAACUAUUGGUGCAGUGUUCUCGAUUCAGCAUCAACGUGCACAGAUGGAAAAGCUUUACAUUGUAGCAACCGAGAUCAAAUUCACUCUUUAGUUAAAACUACAGGAGGUUUAUGCGAAAAUGGAAGAAUCAAAGAAGAGUCUGAAUCUCUUAUCCCUGAAACGUUCACCUAUGAUACAAAGUGUGAAGAUUAUGCAUUAGACAUUAUUGAGACGUGCGAGAACAACGUGCCUGAAAUUGAUUAUGAUGUCGGUAUUGAAGAUGGUGUAGAGGAAAUGAUGAGAAAUGUUGCACAAGUUCUUAGGUGUAAUGCAAAAGUUCUUAAGGAAUCACCUGACCAAUGUGUAUCGUCACGUGACAGCUUGUUGAUGUACACGUUUAGGACAUUGUCAUACUCUGUACCUCAUGCCCUUGGCGUUGAACUGAAUGUUUCAACUGUUGUUAUGGAUAUCAUAGCUUUAUAGACCUAGCCUUUUUGUGAUCACUUUCACAAUGUGUUUUCAAAUAUCUUUUUAUGUAUAUGUAUCUUAUUUCCUAUCAAAAAUAUUUUUUAUAAUGCAUCUAGUUUUAUUGGCGUUGAUAAUUUACCUGAUACAUGUAUGCACAGACAGUCCAUACGUAUUUAUGGAAAAUCGUAACAACAUCGAAUUAUUUGAUUAAUGUAUUCAU